AUGCCAUCUGUUGCUGCAUCUAGGACACCAGCAAAGCAACGCACCAUCAAGGUCUCGAGCAUAGUCGAUGUCAUCUGCCGUUAUGCCACAGAGGGCGGCCUUGACCAGGAUGCUCUUCGACAUGUUGUACAGCUUAUAUCGGUGAAAACGUCGUUAGAUCAGACAACCAUUACUACCCUGACCAAGAAUCUGUACCCUGCCCGUCGCAUACCACGUGACGUGGUCCUCACUGUUGUCGGGGCGCUUGGUCAAGGCAAAGGAAAGCCCUCGCCUGGCACCCAAGACAGUCUGGUAAAGUGGCUGAUUACAGUUCAUGAGAUCAUCGAAGAGCAGGAUGUUCUCUCGCGUCUGUAUAGCGUUCUAUUCGGCAUGCUGGAUAUGAUCAGCAUUAGGACGUCCUUGUGUCAUCUGCUCUCGCUCAUCACUCGCAGAAAGCACGUCAAGCCAUUUCGCAUACAGCAACUACUGGAACUUUCACGCGGACUAGGUAAUGAACCCGCGUUACAGGGACUUCUCCGCGUGUACAAGGACUACUAUCCCGACAUCAUUCUUGGAAGUACUUCCACGAGUCGCAAAUCUUUCGCUCCGCGACCGGACGACGAAUGGAGAGCCAGAAUUGCCGCAGUCCAUGAGGCCAGCAAUGCUGUGGACGAUUCAGGCGGGGAGGUGCAGAACGGCUUCAAGGUGCUACGAAAGGGACUCAAGGGUAGCAAAAGCUCUGCCAUCCCGGAAGUGCACACCUACCAUGCGACUGAAAGUUCAGUGACGCUCGAGGGUAUCGACAGUGUUGAUGAUUUUGUUGAGAAACUUGAUAGGAUAGAGCCACCAGGUCAGCUAGUAUCGUUGCUCGCGGAUCCACUUUUACAAAAGUAUGUGGAUUUAAAUCCAUCACGCAUUUCGACUGCCAGGAUUGGUGUAUGGCUUGCAGCCUGCUUAGAGGAGCAGUUCGAGGCCCAUCGCCAAGGGGCUGGAGACGACGGAUAUCUCGAUGAGAUACUCAGUGGUCUCUUGAGAUAUGCCCAGUACACAAAGACGUUACACUCUAGUGUAUUGGCUUUCUUCCGAGAGUAUCUGCCAGUAUGGAAUGGACAGGACAACCUUGACACGAUUCUAGGACUACUGUCCUAUAUUGACAUUGAGUCAUUCGAAGAGGUUCAUGCGAUAUAUCUCUCCUUUGUCGAGCGGGCCAUAGCGGCUCAAGGAAUCCCAGCAUACCCCAAACUCAUUAACUUCUAUACUGCUCUCGUACAGCAUCAUAUAUCGACGGCGGUCACUGACGCUGCAAAUCGUGGCAGUGAAAGCAGUCAGACGUUAAGCCGUGUGACCACGCAUGUUGCAACAUUAUUCACAUCAGCUCUUGUUUCGAUACCUGCAGGACUGGGCAGUGAUGUCACGUCGUGCAUCCUUUCCUUUUACGAAUUGGUCAGCACGUCGUCGAAGCCGCGAGUGGUGCCGAUACAGCUGCCACCAAUGCAUCUGAUCUAUCUUUUGACGCAGGAUACCUCGGCAACGACAUUUGCACGUGUCUGCGGCAUUGUUGGGGCGUACAAAUUGGCAUUUGACAGGCAUCCCAAACCGGUCAAAGCUUACUACCCUGUUGAAGCUACGGAUACAUUCAACUAUUGUUUGCGAGACAUGUACAACCUUCUCUGGGUAGCUCGGGGUCUGGUGGCUCAGGACAAGAAGUCGCAGGGGUUAUUCUGUGAUGCAGCACUUCGCUCCAUCCUCCACUCUUAUCUGAAGAAGAUGGAUCGUGAGUAUACUAUCGAAACGGCUUUUGGGCUGUCUCACAACGCAUGGCUAGCAGCGCUUUCUGCAGCAGCUUGGCGUGCUAUGGAACAAGACUUUGCUGAUAAGAACGACCUUGAUCCGAAUACUAUGGUGCACCACCGAGGACCCGUCAGUGAGAAGAGUCUAGAGGCACUGAAGCGCAAAGGUGGGGCGAGUGUGGAUUGGGAUGGUGGAAAUGGGUACAAGGCGUGGGUGCUUCAAUGGCUGGAUGGGCGAGGCCUCGGUGCCUCUCGCUUAGCCAUGAAGUUCGGAACGACGCUUCGCCGGAGCGUGUAUGCGCCAUGGAAAGACCAGUACAUCGACUACGACAAGCUCAAGAAGCUGCUCAAGGACAACGAGGAUGACGACUCGUGGACUGCUGACGAUGAGAGCGCCUUUGUCGACGAGCUGGCCAACGUGCAGCUGGAAAAGGUGCACAACUUCAUCACCGACAUCUCGCAGAAGCUGCGCGACCGUACCUCGGCAUGCGAGAAGAAGCUGGAGCCAUUGGCCGUGGGCGUUCACGACGAUGACAACACCAACGCCGGUGGUAACGGCGAGGGCGAGGGCUUGCUGGCCGAGUCCUCCAAAGAUGCGCCCAAGAAGCCCGAGCUCAGUCAGGAAGAGCGCGAAAAGCUGCUAAAGGAAGUGCUGCGCGAGCUCGAUAGCAUCACCAAAGAGACCAAGGAGCUCGAAGCCUUUAGCCGCAUUAACUUCACCGCCGUCAUCAAGGCCACCAAGAAGCACGACAAGCUGCGCGGCAGCUCCUACCGCCUGCGCCCCUUCAUCGACGCCCGCAUUGCCCGUCACCCGCUUCACACCGAGGAUGCCUCGCCGCUGCUCUACAGGCUGUCGGCUCUCUACUCGUUUGUUCGCCAAAGCCUCGAUGGCAAGUCCAAGGAGGCCUUGUCCUUUAACGAUGAUAGCACCACGGGCGAGGCCUUCAACUCACACAAGUUUUGGGUCCACAUGGACAAUCUCUUCGAGGUUAAGACGGUCAUCCUCCGCCGCCUCCCAGUCCUUGUCUACAACCCUCAGACAUCAAAGGUUGCCGAGGGUACCCAGCGCGACCCGACAAUCACUUCCAUCUACUUCGACAACCCAGACUUCUCACUCUACACGGACAAGGUCAAUGGCAAGCCUGACGCCUCUUCGCUCCGCCUCCGCUGGUACGGCCAGCUCAACGAAAAGCCCGAGAUCAUGUUUGAGAAGAAGGUCAUCAAGGAGGGCAAUGCCGCCGAGGAAGUUCGCUUCCCCAUCAAGGCCAAAUAUGUGCAGCCUUUCCUCGAGGACAAGUACCAUAUGGAGAAGAGCAUUGAGAAGAUGGAAUACAGGCCCAACAAGGACCAGCAGAAGCUUGACCAGUUUAAGAGUGCCGUCAGCGACAUCCAGAGCUUUGUUAAGGAGCAAAAGCUACAGCCCAUGCUCCGCGCAAACUACACUCGCACUGCUUUCCAGAUCCCGGGCGACGACCGCAUCCGCAUCUCGCUCGAUACCAAUCUUGCCCUCAUCCGCGAAGACUCGCUCGACGAGAGCAGGCCAUGCCGUGACCCAGAGGACUGGCACAGGCACGACAUUGACGGUGCCCAGCUGGAGUACCCAUUCAAGAACCUCAAGAAGGGCGAGAUCCACAGGUUCCCCUAUGCGCUGCUUGAGAUCAAGGUCAAGGGCUCACAAAAGUACGAGUGGAUCGAGGACCUGAUGCACUCUCACCUCGUCAAGGAGUCGCCUCGCUUCUCCAAGUUUGUUCACGGUGUCGCCAAACUGUUCGAGGACAACGUUAACACCUUUCCCUUCUGGCUCAGCGAGGUGGACAACGACAUCAGAAAGGAGCCUGAUAAGGCCUUUGACGACGAGCAAGAGAAGAAACGCAAAGCCGCCGAGGAUGAGUUUGCUGUUGGCUCCCUCUUCGGUGCACGCGCAAGCCCUAGUUUCCGCCCAUCUAUUGCCUCGCCCGUUGGCUCACCCGCAGCUACUCGCUCUGUGCCCAAGAGUGUUAGCAUGGCAGCCCACUCCCAGCCUGCCGUCCGACCCUCGCUGCCGACGAUUGGUUCGCACCUUUCGCAAUCGCAGCAAGACCGCAACCGUGACGCGAACAACAACACCAACGUCCGCGUUGAAGAAGAUUCGGAUUCGGACGACGAUGUAGUUGCUGGAGGAAAGACGCAAAGAGGUGGUCUUGCUGCUCUCUUCCCAUCCUUCUCCACCUCCAAGUACGCCCGCCGACAACAGCGUAAGAUUCAACUGCCGCCAGGCAUCAGAGACCCCGGUGUAUGGAUCAAGGACCAGGGCCCGGUCAGGGUCGAGGCCAAAGUGUGGCUCGCGAACCAGCGUACCUUUAUCAAGUGGCAGCAUGUUAGUGUCUUGCUUGCUUCUCUGUCCCUUGGUUUGUACAAUGCCGCAGGAGAAGGAAAUGACAUUGCACGCGCACUGGCUGUCGUGUAUACGUGCGUGGCUGCCUUUACCCUAGCAUGGGGCUACGGCAUGUACGUGUACCGGGCUAAGUUGAUCCGGGAGCGUAGCGGAAAGGACUUUGAUGCGAUUACGGGACCGUUGGUUGUGUGCAUUGGUCUUGUAGUAGCUUUGUGCUUGAACUUUGGCUUCAAGUAUAACGCUUUGAUUAAGCAAGGACACCAUGACCACACUCAUCACCAUGCCAAUGCUACCUUUGUGGAUGAGCAGAUGGAGCUGAGGAUCUAA